GUGGCACUUAUUGAUGAUUGACGUAAUACAUAAUAGAAAAUAGAAAUGUUCGUAAUCAAAAAUCAGAUCGAACUUAUCUUUAGCAUAUCAAAUUCGUCGCGUUUAAUUUCCACCGCAACGCACAAUGGAUAACAAAGUCGAACCUUGUACGUACAACUAGUAAUAAAAUUGUACGAAAUGGAAAAAACAAGUAUCAAAUUUGGAGUUCGUCAUAUCCAAGCUUUAUUGUUGUUCUUUCUACUAACAUCGGCAUUUGCAACAAGGAUUAGUUUGUCAAUUGGAAUCGUUGCCAUGACUAAUUUGAAUUCUACAUUUUAUCCAACGUACAACUGGACCGACAAAAGUACCAUUUUAUCGUCGUUUUUCUGGGGAAACAUUUUAACACUUUUACCAGCUGGGCCCAUAACAACCAGGUUCGGACCAAAAGUACCGUUUUGUGUCGCAAUGGUAGUUUGUUCGUUAUUUACAAUUGCAAUACCUUUUAUGGCCCGAUUGGGAUCUUAUGGUGUUAUGAUAUGUAGAAUAGUACAAGGGGCGAGUCAAGGAUUUUUUAAUCCUGGAAUAUCAAACCUUUUGGGUAAAUGGAUAGUACCGUCGGAAAGGUCCAGGGUUGGAACCUUUGUAUUUGCCGGGGGUAAUUUGGGUACUGCCCUAUCGAUGCCCAUAACAGGGUGGCUUUGCAGCAGUCAAUUCGGAUGGCCUUCUGCCUUUUACUUCUUUGGCGGUUUGGGAUUGCUAUGGGUUGCCGUAUGGUUCUUCGUGGGGGCCAACAGUCCUUCGCAGUGUAAAUGGAUUUCGUUAGAAGAAUUGGAAUUUAUUGAAACAUCACUUCACAAACGUGAUAAUUCAGAAGUUACUCAUACCCCUUGGAAGUCAUUAUUAACAUCAGUACCCCUGUGGUCGCUUUUAAUUGUCCACAUGGCUCAAAAUUGGGGUUAUUAUACGCUGGUCACCGAAAUUCCCAUUUACAUUAACGCCCUGUUUGGUUUAGACGUUUCUUCGAACGGUAUGCUGUCAGCUCUUCCAUACGUAGUCAUGUGGAUAUCCACAUUUGUUUACAGUACUUUGGCUGAUUAUUUGAUAAAUAGUGGAACCUCAACAACUGGACAAGCAAGAAAAAUUCUAAACAGUAUAGGGUUGUAUGGUCCCGCUCUUGCACUUGUUUGUUUAUCGUUUUAUGGAAGUGCAUCUUUAAUUGUUACCAUGGUACUUCUGAUACUAGCAGUGGGUCUCAAUGCGGCCACAGUGAGUGGUUUUAAUGUGAAUCAUGUAGACUUAUCGCCCACGUAUGCUGGAACUCUUAUGGGGAUUACCGGGGGAUCUGCUGCUUCCAUGUCAAUUCUUGGUCCCCUUUUUGUUCAAUGGAUUGUUACCGACGAGAAAGAUUCUUAUCAGUGGAUGAUAAUCCUUUUAAUAUCAGCUGCUAUACAAACUGCAGGAAAUACAUUGUUUGUCGUAUAUGGAGCAGGAAAUAUUCAACCAUGGGACCCAAGUUAUGAUUUUCUAGAUCAAGUUGAAAAAAAUAAAGGUGCAACCAAUGUGAAUAUUCAUGACAACAGAAAGGUGUGAAUCAUAUUUUGGUGAUAAUAUAUUAAAAGAUCUGUAACAAUAUAAUAUUAAUUGGAUACCUUGUGAUAAUACAUAAUUAUAUUACAAUUAGAAUAUGCAAUUAAUUUAUGAAAUGUAACUAAAUAAACCAGGAAUGAAUUUGA